CACAGAUCCUCAAGAAGACUGUUGGAGAAAAAAGAUCUGUAUCGAAAAGUGGCCUGCCUACCCUAUCCAGGAGGUUCAGUUUUGCUGCCACUUUUGCAUGGUGUAGAGAGACAUAGCCAUUAAUGCAUUGUUAAGAAUGUCAUGGAUAAGAGCUGUUUGGGUGGAGGGGGAAAAAGAAGAAGAGGGGACAGUUCCAGACAUGUGGAUAGAAAACGACACUGUUCUGUGGCCUCCAGUUGUGAAUAGUUUAAAGUUCUUAAAGGAAAGAAGGAAGCCAACAGAAAAAUGGAAGAAAUUUCCUUUGGUCAAGAUAAAGAAGAAGUCAGAUAAUUACACUGAAUGUGAGUUGUUUGAUGAAACAACAACCGCAGAAGUCAGUGAGGAUGAAGAUCGUGGCAAGAGACCAUUGAAAAAGAAGUCCUUUGGUGCAGAUUUUGUUUCAGAUAUAGCUGAAGUUGUUGGUCCUAGUCUGGAUGGAAAAGACCCUAAAGAUAAAACCCCCAAAACAUCUGAAAAGGAUCCUGUUAAUACAUUGCCUGCACAGCCAAAGAAAGUUGUACCCAAAUUUCCAAACCCCACAAGAAUUUCAAGGUCAAGGUCAUCUUCAAUGGAUAGUAGUUAUUCAAAGAAAUCAUGUUCAAGGUCAAGUUCAGGGUCAUCAUUACAUUUAGGAAAAAAUAGGAAAAACUCAGGUUCAAGGUCAAUGUUGAGGAAUGUUACUUCUGAAAAACACAGAAAAAGAAUGCAUUCAAGGUCCGGAUCAAGUUCAUCAUCAGAUUCACUGAGAGGUAGUUCAGAGAAAAGUAGAAAGAAGUCAGGUUCAAGGUCAUCAUCAGUUCAGGUGAGGUCUCAAUGGAAAAACAGUUCACAUUCAAGAUCCAGAUCAAGGUCAACAUCAUUGAGAGAUAGUUCAGAGAAAAGCAAGAAAAACUCAUGGUCCAGAAACAAAUCACUUUCAAGGUCCAGAUCAAGGUCAAGAUCAUUGAGAGGUAGGUCAGGAAAAAACAGGAAAGAAUCAGCUUCAGGGUCAUCGUCAGUUAAAGUGAGAUCAGAUAAUCAUAGAAACAUGUCACACUCAAGGUCUAGAUCAAGAAACAGAUCCCAUCAAAGGUCCAGGUCACAUUCAAGGUCAUUUCCCCAGAAGGGUUGUUCAGGUAGUUAUGGAAAGAAGUCUUAUUCAAGCCAUUUCACUUCUGAAAAACAUAGAAACAGAUUUGAUUCAAGGUCCAGAUCAAGGUCAUUGUCACCGAGGGUUAGUUCAGAUCAGCAUAGCUACAAAGGGAGGUCCAGAUCAACUAUAAUGAAAAAUAGUUCAAAACAUGGCAGAAAAUCAUAUUCAAAAUCAAAGUCGUCAACAGAUCAAGGUUCAUCAGAUGAGGGAAGAAGCCCUUCAUAUACCAGGUCAAGGUCAUCUUCAGUUCUAGAUGAUUCAUCUAGAAAACAUCUGGACUUGACAUGCAGGAAGAAAAACAAAGGUACGCAUAAAUCCUCAUCAAAGGAGACAAGAGGAAGGUCACAUUCAAGGUCAUUAGAUUUGCCCUCUUUGUUACCAAAACCAAAGCACUCAACACCCAAAAAUCACAGCAGAAAAACAGGAGAAACUUCCCAAGCCACAAGUAACAAAGAAAAAUUCCCUAUGACAGAAGCUAAAUUUCAGAAACGUGUGCUGUAUUUGCUGAGUGACAUCAGACAAGAAAUAUCGGAAAUAAAGAAAGAAAGAAGAGCUGAAACCUCCACAGCGUACGACUUAACAAAAGCAACAUCAAUAGAGGAGUUUGUACAGUGCUGCUAUCCUAUAAGUUGA